AUGGAUUCCUUAAUUAGUAACCUUCGUGGUCUUUGGAUUCCGAAUUCGGCUCUGGCGGAUCGCUACAGAUUGAUAAUUUGUCAACUUGACGGCAGUCGCAGACUUCUGUUUUCUUUUGCCUCUGCUUCAGAUCUGCACUGGGUCGUAACGAGAGCACCGUGGUCAUAUGAGAAGGCUCUCUUUGCAGUGGCAGUAACAGAUGGGACGGUGGAUCCUCUUAGGGUUUCCUUACAAAAACAAUUUUUCUGGAUUCGAAUCAGAGGGAUUCCACCACUCUACAUAGACGAGGAGACUGGUCUGGGGAUUGGUGAGGCGGUCGGUGACUAUAUCAAAACAGGGAAGGAUAGAAAUGGCAGUUUCUUGGGCAGAUUGCUCUGGGUUCGGGUGGGAGUUGAUGUCGAGAAACCUCUGAGGAAAGGGAUUUCUAUCCCGGGAGCUUCAUGGUCGGGGAAUAAGCUUUUUAAGUUGGAGUACGAAAGAUUGCCACAAAUCUGUUUGUAUUGUGGGGUAGUCUCUCAUACCGGAUUUAGUUGCCCCCGACGCCUAUCUGGGGAGAUCCCGGAGCCUACGUACGAUGUUCUUCUUAAUGCCGAGAGAAAGGAGGCCUGGUUAGCAAAACGGGAAAUGGAGGAGGCGGAGAGGGAGACAGUUUCCGGUGGUGGAAGCACUAGAGUCGGGAUGCAUCCGGUUAAGCACUCUGGCUGGGCAAUGGCAUAUGGCAGCGCCGGAUUUUCCUACUAUCAGGAUGAUCAGAUCGAGACAAGAAUGGGAUGA